AAUUGUAGCCAAAGGCUGGAAUUUAAAGUGUGUAUUAAAAUUGUCAAAUUCAAAAUGAAUUUUCUCGAUGAAGAAUAAUGUUUAUCCACAAAUAUUCCUGUUCUCUGUCUAUCUUCCCUUAUGGCAGAUUUAGAUUUUUCACAGCUUAUGUCACUAAUCAGUACAAUCACACUAUGGGUAAUAUCUAUAUGGUUCAGAAUCAACAGGAAACUGUAAUAUUAUAUUUCUAUUUUAAAUUUACUUACCAAUUACCAAUUAAUUACUUGAACCUUUUGCACUCUCACAUGUGAUAAAGGUGUUUUCUCAAGAAAAACACAGAAUCUGGUGUUGAUAUGUCACUCUAAAAAAGUUUUUAAAUUAGGUAGCUUUUAGAUUAGAACAUCCCUGAAUUGUCUAAAAGAUUAUCUUUUGAUGGCAGUGACGGAAAUGUGACAGGACAGCCUGCCUUUAUUACUACAAGCGUUGUCAACGACAAUCCGUUAGCGAAACUGUUCUGAAUUAGCGAUUAAAUAUUAUUUUAGGACAUUUAGACAUGUGUUAACAUUAAAUUUUGAGUUAUUUCAUAAAAUAACUUCUAUGUCUGGACAUUAUCAUAUUUUGGUUUGAUGAUGGUUCGACGAUGGUAUAAUAAAACUGUGUGUUUAACUUUAUUAUUUUUAGUCAUGCCACGGUUGUUAAAGGUUCAUACUCAAAUAUGACUAUUAGUAUUUAAUUUAAAUAAACCAUAUUCAGGCUAUUUCAAACAAAUGUUUUUCAUGGUAUAAAAUAAGUUAAAAGUAUUGGGUAAAGCAAUGAGUUAUUUUGGGAAAUGGGCUUUAAAUAAAAUAUAUUUUCCUAAUACAAUGUUAGCCUACAUUUAGCUAUAUGAGGGUUAUUUGAACUACAUUAUUAUCAUACUGAGUUGAAUCAUAAUAAUUAUAGAAUUACAGGAUUAGUUAUAGGAGCAAGGUGAAGGUAAGUGUGGAAAAUAGUAUCAAACCCCACAACAGAAAUUCAAAGUAUUGACUGAUACUUUUCAUGAUAAUUUAAAAAAGAAUGUGAAAUCUUUUAAAGGAUUAUCAGUCAUUUCAUACUCUAGUAAUUAUUCUUCCUUAUGAAAUGUAACACUAUUUUGUCAUUCAUUUUGGUGUGAAAUUCAGGUGUUUGAACAUAGGUGUACAAUAUUAAUUACAAAUUUCAAUUUUUUAUUGAGGGAAAGAGAUGUUUACAUAGAGAAGGUAAUGUUGGAGAGAGUGAAAAUCAGCUGAUUUAAUUACGAAGGAAGCAAUGUCCAUACUUUAGUUAAUUAUACACUUCUGGGGUUACAAACCAUGAAUUUUGAUAAAAGUUCAGUUUGUGAAUCUAAAAACAACAUCUAAACUCCAACCGCUUGAUCAAGGAAUAAAAAUAUAUGUCAAAACAGAAGGUAGGUUGUUCUUCAAUUCAUAAACGACUUAGAAUAUGAAACGACCAAACAAAAUUAGUGUGUUAGAUGCUGUGUGGAUGGUUACAAAAGCAUGGAACAAUAUUAACGACAAAACUAUUGUCAAUUGUUUCAAGAAAAGUGGCUUUGAAGUGAAUGAUUGUAACCAAAACCAAAAUUACAAGGAUUCAGGAGUUCAACCACCACAACCAACCAAAUGAGUGAGGGCAGCUUUAAAUGUGGACCUGAAUUUUGAAAAGUUUAUCAACUUUGAUGACAAUGUUGCAACCUGCGGAGAGCUCACUGAUACUGAAAUCGAAUCUUCCAUCGCAGGGGAGCAAGAAGCAGUCGAAGAGGCAGAAGACGAUGACAAUAAAAGUUCCCAUUAGUGAUCAGCUAAAUUUUACACCAGAGGACACAAGUUUUCUUUUAAAAAGUGUGCUUUAUGGACUUGAAUUGACAAUUAUGAAUUGACAGUUAUAGACUUGAAUUAUGAUGUUUUCAAGUCUAUAAUUGUGCUGGAUUGUGAAAUGGAUAUGCUAACACAAGAUAUCAGGUUUGGGCAGUAAGGAGAUAGCCAUAAUGAGAGUUACUAAAUUUUGGAUUCCAGACAACAGCAACCCUGUCUACCAUGUAAUGUACAAAGUUAAAAGUGCUUUUAGUGAGAAAAAAAUCCUUAAACUCCAGGGUGCCAGUUUUCCCAACCUCAAAUGGUAUACAUUAGAACAAGUGCAGCAAAUGUGUGUAUCUGGCCAGCUAAGCAGUCCUGAGCUGAUGGAAUAUGUUGCCCAGACCUUACAACCUCGCAACUUCUAUCCUAUCACCUCUGAUCCUGAGGCCAGCAAGGAAGGUUUUGAUAUGCUCAAUGAGAUCCUGGAAAGUAAUGUCCUCGUAGAUGUGGAAUCAUCCUACUUAACACCACAAGAGCAACUGCUGAAGAUGGCACGAUUUUCUAUUCCCGAACAAAAGCGAAUUUAUAAAGAGUUCUUAGUGCGUACAUUCCCCAACCUGUUAAUGAACAAAGUUCAGUUUCAAAACUUUACAGCAGAACUAGGUUGGAAGAAAUCUGAGUGGCCUGAUCUAUUUUUAUGUGCUGAUGUGACAGCCAGAGGAGGUAUGACCUUCCGUGACCUUCUUCUCUUCCUGGCGGCCACUGAACCUGAUACACCACAUGGAGUUGGUACUGGUGAGAUUCGCUGUCAGUACAUUUUCAGAUACUUUGACAAAAACCGAGACAAUAUCCUGGAUAGAAAUGAACUCCGAAAUCUUAUUUUGGCUAUAUCCUCAACUAAGGGAAGUCAAAAACCACUUGACAUAGAGAAAGUGGUGGAUUCCUAUGCACAAGAACUUGGGCUUGGAUCCAAACCAAGGAUGUCGAUGGGAACUUUUAUAAAAAGAGUUGGAGAGCUAAAGUUCCGAGGCACGUCUUCAUUGUUCAGAUCAUCGACGAGUGUACUAAAACUUGUGCCACCACUAUCAGACAAAUACGGCUCCAUAAGUCAGCAACUGCCGCCCAGUCCUGUUUCACCCCUUCCCAAGAUAGCUUCAGUGUUUCCAGGAAUGUCAUGGAAAGGGGCUUUUCCCAUGUCAUCACCUGUUGAUAAUGAGCACCUGAAGAGCUCAGAUAAAAAGGACUUUGAAAUCGCCACACAUACCAUUCGACUCUCAAAACAUGGCGUGUUAGAAGAUGUGAGACCUGUUGAUAAAGUAACAUAUGGAAAAUCAGUUUCUCUUGGAGGCCAAGAUCACUUUGUAAGACUACCCUCACUACAAUAUUAUGAUGAAAAGUCUCCAGCUAAUGAACUACUUGCAGCCUUGAAGUUUUUCUCAAGUGAAAUUUCGACCAAAGCAAAAAUUACAACUUACAAGCCUGCAUUUAACUGGGGCAAGUAUGACAUUGACCAUCUGAGAACCAACCUGCUCAGUGUUUGUGACAAGUGUAUAUCCAUAAUGGAGAAAGAGCCAAGGAUGUUGCGUUUGACAUCUCCUAUUUAUAUUCUUGGUGAUCUUCAUGGGAAUUACCCAGACUUGAUAACAUUCGAGCAGGUGCUGUGGAAUCUCGGCUUGGUUCUCAACCCCUGCAAUCUUCUGUUCCUCGGUGAUUACGUGGACAGAGGAGCCUAUGGCGUGGAAAUUAUUGCUUAUCUGUUUGCUCAAAAAAUGAAAAAUCCCACGAAGAUGUUUUUGUUGCGAGGAAACCAUGAAAUACGACAGAUACAAAAAGCAUUUACAUUUUAUUUAGAGUGUCAACGCCGGUUUGGUGAGGAACAUCACUUUGAUGUGUGGAAUACAAUUAACAGAGUGUUUGAUGUUAUGCCUGUAGCUGCUGUCAUUGAAAACCAGUUGUUCUGCUGCCAUGGCGGUAUCCCAUCACCUUGGCUGUGCAGCCGUAUUGAAGUGAUUGACACCAUUCCUUGUCCACUCGCAGCUCCAGAUGAAGAAAGUAUAUUGGCUUGGGAGUUAAUGUGGAAUGAUCCAGUCAAGAGCGACCAAGUGACUGCAGCACUUGCCAAGGAGAUGGAAGCUAAUGAAGGUUUUGCAGUUAACUUGGUUAGAAAGACUGGCAGAGUAUUCAGUCUAGAUGCCUUGGAUACAUUCUUGAAACGGAAUGGGUUGUCUCAUGUAAUUCGAGCACAUGAGGUCAAAACUGCAGGCUUUCAGAUCCAGCAAGGCGGCAGGUUGCUGACUGUAUUUUCUUCCUCAGGCUACUGCGGUGGACCAAACGAGGCUGCCUGUAUCUUUGUCUCUCAAGAUAAAAUAAGGGUACUCAGAAUUAGCUCGAACUGACUUCUUAUUGUAGAAUAUUUUUACUUGUAACCUUAAUAAUUGUAAAUACAGUUAUUUGUUUGAUAUUGGUA